AUGAAACUUAGGAGUUCAGAUGGGAAGGAAUUCAUUGUGGACAAAAAGGUAUGGAAGCAAUCAGUAGUGAUAAAUGCUAUAAUGGGAAAUGGUAACUUUGUUGAUCAAGAUGAAAAUGAUCAAGUGAUUACUGUUUCCAAUGUUACUGCUGAAGUUCUUGCUGUUAUUAUUCAGUACUGCAACAAGCAUGCUGUUGAUGUUGAUGUUGAUGUUGAUGUUGAUGAUGAAGAGGUUGCAAAGUGGGAUGAAGAGUUCAUGAAAAAUAUUGAUAUUAAUAUGCAUUAUAAACUUAUUUUGGCUUCUGAUUAUCUUGAAAUUAAGAGCUUGUUUGAUUUGACAUGCAAGACUUUGGGUGACAUGAUUAAGGCUAAUAAUAACAGUCCUCAGGCUUUGCGUGAUAUACUAAAUAUUCAGAAUGAUUUCACUCCUGAAGAAGAGGAGGCGCUUUCGAGAGAGAACUAUUGGGUUUCUUAG